CACAACAUCGAACACCGUCAUUUUCCUAUGUCUCCGACUUGUCUAACUGAGCCUUGUUUCUAGACACGUCUUUCCAAUUACAACGAGACUGAGAACCAGAAUUCCUACCGCGGUGCAUGGAAGAUACAAGUGAAAUCUAAUCUGUCGCAUAUCGUCAUCGCCCAAGCCGUGCCCGAGGUAUUCCAGAUCGAUCAGGGAUCCUGAUUAUUUGAUGUCGAUUAUUGAUCAGCUUGUUCAAACGUCUUCAUGUCUGGAUUACCGCAACCCCCCAGGUCCACCGCCAGUUCCCCGACUCCCCAAUUGUCGGCUCCGAGAUCACGAAAGAACCUAGCCACUCUGUCGCAUACGUCGAGGGCUUUGUCCCCGUCCCAGGCUGUCUCCAGGAUGCGUGCCCCUCCUAGUCCCAGGUCCAGCUCUAGCAGAGCCAUGCCUCCUAGCUCAACAACACAUAUUGGUUCGUCGAAGUCCGUCAUUGGCACCAGGGUUCCCAGUAGUCCAGAUACGUCACUGCGAAGAACGGUCAGUAUCGCAGCCUUUCCUCAACCACCCAAAGCUGGAGGUCGUCCUUCGACUGCAUCUUCAUUGUCUGGAAUACAAGGACUACGUUCUUCCGGGAGCCUCAAAGAACGAAGAAGCUCCAGACUGAGCAUUGGGACAACCAGUAGCUACCGAACCUCUAAAACCACAUCCCUCAUCCCCGGAAGUGGGGACGUGAAGUCAGCUCUUGGUCAUGAAAUUCGAGACAUGGAUGCCUCGCCUUCACAUAGCAGAAGCUCUUCGGCCCAAGGAUCAUAUUCUACAAGCGCAACGACGUUUGAAGAUGGCGAUGAUGCAGCCGCUACCUCCAAGUCCACUCUCAGGUCAAAAGAGAAUAAAGACACGACGAAAGGUAAUGUGAUUGUGAGCGUCCGGGUACGACCCGACGUUGGAGGAGUUGAAGCAACAAAGUCAGCGGAAUGGACGGUAGAUGAAAUGCGAUCAGCCAUAUCCUAUAAUGGGAAAGAAGGUGGUGACUAUUUCUAUGAUAAUGUUUUUUCAACCAAUGAUGACAACGCAAAAGUAUAUGAUGCUGCUGCAAAGCGUCUCGUGAGAAGAGUGAUGGAAGGCUAUCACGGUACGGUUUUCGCUUAUGGCAUGACCGGGACUGGCAAGACUUUCUCUAUGCAAGGAACUGCAACCUCACCAGGGGUGAUUCCACUUGCGAUAACAGACAUUUUCUCUUUCAUCAGAGAGACGCCGCAUCGGGAGUUCUUGUUACGGGUGAGCUACCUUGAAAUAUACAAUGAGAGAAUCAAUGACCUGCUUUCAGCGCAGGUGUCCGGUGCACCCUCGGCUGCCCAGCAAGAAGAGAUUAAGCUACGUGAAGAUAGCAAGAGAGGCGUAUAUGCCACUCCUUUGAAAGAAGAGAUUGUCCAAAGCCCGACACAGCUUCUUCGUGUCAUUGCACGGGGAGAUCAUGCGAGGAGGACUGGCAGCACACAAUACAAUGCCCGGAGUUCACGAAGCCAUGCGGUUGUCCAGAUCGUUGUUGAGAGCCGAGAACGAGCCCCUGCAGGUCUUUCCCAGGAUAGACGGUCAGGUCUGCUUCCUGGUGGGGUUAGGGUAUCCACACUCAGCCUGAUCGAUCUGGCCGGUUCAGAACGUGCUGCUGAUGAUAAAGAACGUCGUACAGAAGGUGCCCAUAUCAACAAGAGCUUGCUGACUCUGGGCACGAUCAUAUCCAAACUUUCUGAUUCGAGAGAGAAAGCUGGCAGUACGAUGGACAAAGAAGGCAAGCAUCUGCCUUACCGCGAUAGCAAGCUCACGAGAUUACUGCAGCCAGCUUUGUCGGGGAAUUCUCUUGUCAGCAUCCUCUGCACGAUACAUUUAGGCAUUGCAAACAAGACACAUGCUGGUGAAAAUCUCAAUACUAUGAAAUUCGCAGCUCGAGCGAAGAACAGCAUUGUCAGUCAUGCCAGGAGAGCAGAAGAAGCGCUUGGGAGUGGUGGCGGCGAUGCAGGAAGCCGUGUGCUUUUAGAACGCUAUCGUCUGGAGAUCCAGGCUCUCCGCAAUCAGCUUGAAUGCCAGACUAAAGUUGAAAUUGAGAAAGAGCUCAGACUUGAAGAACAGCAGCUGGAAAAAGAAGCGCAUGCCCGUCACGAAGAACAAAUGCUUGAAAUGCAGCUAGCUCGAACAGCGUUGAAGGAGCGGAUCGAGCAUUUAAAUCGACUCAUCUUAUGCUCAAAAUCCACUGGAGUGAACAACCAUGGCGGGGUUUCUUCCUUUGGAAGACUUUCCAGGCAAUCUGCUUUCGAAGCUGGAUCAAGGUCUUUGCGAUCCUCGGUUAGUCAAUCUACUCUGAGCGCUUAUGGACAUUCCUCAGUUCGUCCCAUGUCUUUUAUUUCGGUGAGCAGCUAUGACCCUGCAAUCAGUACCCAUCUUGCCAGCGAAGUUACGCCCCCGGAAGACGAAGAGGAGAAUAUCGGCGAAUUCGCAGAUGGCAAGGCAAGUGCCCAACGACAGAUUGCAGCCCUCCAAGCUGACCUCAGCGAUAAAAACCGAUAUAUCUCGACUUUGGAGCGAAGGUUGUUACAAGCACGCCGCUCUAGCCAUUCUCGUAUGUCCAUAGGCAUGAAAACAGGCAGCCCGAACACCGAGGUGCCUGAUGCGAUGGCCUUGCUGCGCGAGAAGGACAUGGAAAUCAAUGAGCUUCGUCAACAGCUGGAUGAUAAAGACCGAAUGCUCACAGCACUCCGGUCUGCUGCUCGGCAUCGGGAUCUUGCCCACAAUGCCACUGAAGCUUCUGGGCCGGAACCGAAAGAAAGUGUAGUCCACCGGAACAGUCUCAUCGACAACGAUUAUGCCUUGAGCUACACUUCAGACAGCAACGUCUCCCCUCAGACAGACGGAAACUUGGAGGAGAAGCGGAAAGGUAUGGACGAGAUGUCUCGAAUUCUUGAUGAGAUGAUCCAAGAUCGUGUCGAAAGCGGCCACUUGAUCAAGGGAACGCGUGGUAGUGUUCGUGUCGUUACCGCCAGUCGUCGGGCGUCGGAAUCGAUACCUGGAGUAGCAAGGUUAAGUACAAGCAGCUCACACCAAGUGGACCCUAGCCAGCAUCAAGCUUGACACAGCGACACAAUUAUUCCUAGAACAAAUCCUGUUUGGGUCUUCCAUUCGCGGCAGUGGGCACCGGGAUGCAUUUCGAACAGUGCAUCGGUGGCAGAAGCGACUCGGGACCUAGAGUUCCAUUUGCGCUGUCUCCACUGAACAAUUGCUUGAACCACUGCGAAGUCGGGUGCACUGCGCAUCAAUCCAAAAAUUUGCC